AUGACAUUGCAGGUGGAAAAACUAUUUGAGCAAGUAGAUUCCUCAAUGUUUAUUUGCCUGUGACAUCACCUUUACUGUUGCCUGCUUGUGUGGACAAUCCUUUAGAUACAUCAAGUUGGGAUUUGAGAAUACUUAAUUUAGUGAGAAUAAUGAAUUAUGGAAUUUCCUCUUUUUUUUUUUUUGCAGCUAGAGUAGGAUAUUCUGUUUGUGUGGUUAUAUAUCAGAUAUGUACUUCAGAAUUCCAAACUAUACAAAAUAUUUAACCCAUUGGAUCUGGAUGCUUCAAUGCCAUCAUGUGGCUCAAAAUAUGGGUAUUAGGCAUACUUGCGUGGCCACUGUGACAGGUGUUCAGCUUGUAGACCAGGCGUGCACAAUCACUUGUGUGAUAACAAGGCUCUAUGUAUAUUUGUCAUUUGAUUUGCUCUAUCCAGUUUUUAAUAGACCAUUUUCCUAGCACAGACUCCUUAUCAUCUAUAGGUUGUUCAUAAAUCAGUUCAAUAAUAACAAUAAGCAAGAGGAUCCACAACAUGGAAAUUGUCUUCUCUUAAUCCAGCACACAUAUGGUAUAUUCAAAACUUGUUUAUCGAUGGAAGUAAUGCAAAAGCUCCUUCCUAAACACCAUGGUUAAUCACCGUCCAAGAGCUUUGUGUACUCACAGCUAGUCAUUCCCAACACCCAGGUCUUCAGCCAAAAUGCUCUCGUCACCUCCUCCCUCUCUCAAACUAAAUUUUUUCAUGGCAAGAUGGUCACAUCUGGAUCAUAGAGAUUAAGAUUAAACUGUAUUUUAGUAAGAAAUAAAGCUAUGAUGACCAAACUAUUGUGAAGGCAGUGCCAUGUGUAGUGAUAGUGACAAGGCAGCACAAGCUCACACUAGGGGUCAGAGUGAGGCUGAUGCCACAUUUCCCCUGGGAAGGUCUGAGAGAAGGGACGAGAGAAGCUCUAGUAGGGUAACCUAAUGAGAAGAGGGGCAGAACACCCGACACCCUUUGGGACAAUUGUUGUUGGCACUGUCAAGGACACCUAGAUAUUAUGUGAGUAAUGUGUAGGUGGAGAUGCAUUAACAGCAUUGGUUGGAAAGGUGCUGUCUAGCUUAAUUUUGUGUGAUGUGUGAGGUGAUAUUUGUCACAACUCAAUUCAGAUGAUUCUGUGGUGCCAAGUCUUUUAUCAUGUAUUCAUAUUUUGGGCCAAAUGUGCCAUGAUUGAGAGGUGAGUAGUUAGAUUUUUAAAUGUUAUGUACUUGUGUUUUAUGGAACAUUCAUUAAUGCCAUGUAAUUUUCAGCUAUAGAAACCAUUUUGGGAAAGAUACUCAAAUUCUAUUUCAAGACUCAAAGUUCAAGGAAGAACAGAUAUACACAAGAUUCAUGCUGUCAUGCUGAUGGAUGGAGGUUCCAGAAUGAGUAUUCCAGCUUCAGAUUCAAGCAGAAGGCAGAGCAUUGGGAGGGAUGCUUGUAUACUAUUUCAAGACACAUACAAGGAAGAAGAGAUACACACAUGGGAUUCACCAUGUCAUGCUGAUGGAGGGUCCAGACUGAGGAUUCCAGCUUCAGAUUCGAGAUUUAACAAGAAGUCUACUGAUCUGAAAAACUGCAGAACUUUGGAUAUUCAAGGUUCAUCAAGAAACUGGUUACAGAGGAUAUCCGAAUUUUACUUAAAAUGUCUUCUAUGUAAGAGCUUUCACACGACCCCACAAGUACCUCCAGAGCUGGAAUGUAAAUUUGAUUGUAAAUCGACUUUCAUUAUGAAUUGGGCCUGAGUAAGCACCCAAAAAGGUGAGUAAAUAAAGGAAUGAAUACAUAUAUAUAGUUAAGUGUGUGUCUAUCAGUGUGUUAGGAGAGUAGGUAAUUGAAUGUGUAUUAUAGUUGGCUUUAAGUUUAGUAUUUGAAGUUGACAGAUACAUUACUGUUGAAAUUUCGUUAGACAGUGUGACUUUGAUAUUACGUUAAUAAUUAUAGGGAGUUUUUAUAUUUGAAGGUAACUGAAUGUGUUGUUACACUUUGUACUUAAAUAAAAAAUGUUGACAA